UUUCUCAUGAUUUCAAUUAGCGCAUUAAUGCCAUUGACCUAGCAUAAUCCUAGAUUUUUGAUUGUUUCUGUUUUAUACGAUCACCAGUACUGCAAACUGGAAGGAGUCAAGGAGACUUCCCUUUUCAAGCAGGGCAUUUCCAUGGAUAUUGAAUGAAAUACAAAGAACUUGUUGAAAGAUGCCCCUCAAAUGGGUUUUGCACUGGCAACCCAAUGCGGGAACAACAGUGAACAGUCAAAUUCUCACCGAAGUGUCUCAGUGCGUUGAGAGCUUCAAUGGCGCCAAGGAAGGAAGGUGGAAAGCUACCCUCACCUUCUACAGACCCAUGGUACGAGAACCGGCAUUAGCGAAUGAGUUUCCGCGUGAUUUUAUGGGGAUUUUGCUUCCGGAGCAGCCGAAGAAAUACUACUUCGUACUACGUGGGCAGCGGAUCGUUCUUGAAGCGGAUUUGACAAUUCAGACGAUAAUGGAGAAGUUACAAUCUUACAAAUCGAGGGUUUCUCUUAAUUUCGAGGGGUUUCAAUACCAACUUGGUGACUUCCAACUGAAGGUGGGCAAGGUCGUGCCUGUGAACUCUGAAAGUUUGAGGGGAAUAGUUAUGGAGGUGGAGUACCUUCCCAUAUCUUCUUUGGAUAAAUCCAGGCAAAUCAUGGAAGAGUUUGUUGAUAUAUGGCAAGAAGCUGUGUCAAAACGAUCAUUGCCAGGUCAUUUUAUGCACAUAGAACCAAACUUUGCAGAGUAUGGCCUUGCUGACCUCUACACUUCCCAACACACAGCUGUUCAGUAUGCUACGGUCAUGGCUCAACUGAUUGCAACAGUGCAAUCGGUACAGCAAGUGAGAAAUUAAAUGAGAAAGAGAACAGUCCGCUGCUUUCUGUCCUUUAUAUCUGAUUUUUCCUAGUAAAAACUUGAUGUCUGCAGUUCCUGCUAGUACAUUGUGUGAAUCCUGAUGUCUUUUGGAUUGAAUAGAUGACACCUAUAAAUCUUUUUCUUUUGUGUAUAACUGAUGCAUUAAAAAAGAAAUAGUUGCAUAAAUCCUUGUUUUCUUUGGGUUGUAAGCUAUGAGAUCCUGCUGCAAGGCUGUAGAGACAAGAAAAUCGGCAUAAAUAUGUAUGAAUGGCUUGCGGCAGGAUACCUCAUUACUCAUCUGUAAUUAAACACAAAUAGGGAACAGAGCUUCAAACAGCAGCAAGAUUCCCAACACAGCCAGAGUUUGGUGCUUCUGAGCACCACCUAUUUAUAAAUUUCUUUAACUAUUA